CCGCCCCCGCCACGACCCAGCCCUCUGCCGGCACCGCCCCUUCUCAUGGCCUUUGUCUCUGUGCUGGCCCCGCCUUCUUUUGUGAUGGUCACACCCCCUCCAUGACACCCCGCCCCCCAUAGUAGCGCCACCCGUCUUCCCCGCCCCAGCUCCUUCUGCACCCUGCCCCGCAUCCCGGUCUGUUCCUCCGCCUCGAUCCCGCUCCUCUUCGCUAUAUCUCGGCUGUGUUGGCCCUGCCCCCUCCCGGGACCCCACUCCAGCUCUGCCCCCUGCUGUGGUCCCCUUGCCCUUCGCCACCACAUCCCUCUGCUCUGUCCCCGCCUGAGCUCCUCCAGGGUCUGCUGCUCGGGUGGGGAGGAAGCCGCCUGCAGGUGCAGUGGCCCCAUGGCCUCCUUGGGAGGCUCCGUGUGGGGCAGGGCUGUUCUGGGGGGAGAGGGCCCUAGGGAGGGUGGGAGACACUGGAUCUCCUGCAGGCUGAGGGAUGGGGCUGUCUGCUGGGAUACCCUGUUCCGGGGGACGUGUGAUCUCCUUUGUGAGCAGGGAGGGGGCAGGUGAGGGGUCCCUCCAGGGUCCAGUGUCUGGCUGUGUGGAUAUGCGGUUUCCUUCUGCCGGAGGAGGGCCUUCCGCCCUGUCCCCCCCAGCUCGUGAGGUCUGCCCUCUCCAUGCUGAGCUGGGGGGCGGUCCCACAGCAGCCUCAGGCUGCCGAGUGCUGGGCACUCAUCACCACUUCCCGUGCAGGGCUCCUGGGUGGGGGGGUCUCAGGCUCUGCUGGGGUCUGCUCCUGAACCCCUCCUCUGUCAGCCCUCCUGUCAGACAGAGUCGCCCUACCUGAAUGGGGCUGCAAGGAGAGUGAGCAUCCCCUCCGCCAACACGGGCUGCAUGGGGCGCCGGCCCCCCAGACCGCCUGGGCUCUGAGAGGGUCCCUGGGGCUGUGGGCCUGGUGUGUGCUUCUCCGAAGCCUGAGUGACAUCUGUAGAGUUGGGACCAAGUCUUGCCUGCCUGUGCAGCACCGAGCCACGGGCACAGGCUGACAGGUUGCCCCCACGCCGGGCCUGCUGCCCUCCACUGCUUGCAGGAGCUCACGGACUCCCGCGUCAGCGGCAGCGUGUGCAGACUGAGCUUGCCAGGCUCCCAGCCCUCUCUCAGGCCUGCUCUGCUGCCCCGCAGGCUCGUUUCUGCACCACCCAGCCCUGGCCUGGGACCCCUCCCUGUGGACCCACCCUUCUGCUCCGCCCCCGAGUCCUCCCUGGUUCUUGUGCCUUCCACCAGACUCCGGCACACUUGCCGUGCCUGAGCCCCUCUGUCUUCCCUCUGUCGCCUGGCCUGCCCCAAGGCCCUCAGAGUGUGUGGGGCUCUCUCCCCGAUCUGGCCAGAGUGCAGUGUCCAGUGGCCAGCCAGUGAGAGCCCCUGGGUGGCGGGGGAGGUUUCUGGGGAGCAGGCAGUCUUGCACAGCCCGGCCAGCCUUGCCAUGGGGCCACCCCGCGGGUGUGCCUUGGCCGCUGCCACUUCAGGGUCCUGGGUGCCGGGUGAGGCCAGGCCUUCGGCGGUCACCUGUCCCGGGGUCCCUGCGGGGGUGAGGCUGGGUGCACGUGUGUCCACGGGACAGUGGCUGGCCCAGAGCAGCACGAAGGAGGGCACUGCAGAGUCGCUGCCCCGCCUGCUGCUGGCUGGGCCCCGCCACCUGUUUCCUCCGCAGACGUUCGUGAACGACGUGCGCAUCCCGGACCAGAAGUACGUCACGCUGAAGCUCCAUGACGUCGUUCGAUUUGGCUACGAUUCCAACAUGUACGUGCUGGAGCGCGUGCAGCACCGGGUCCCCGAGGAGGCGCUCAGGCACGAGAAGUAUACCAGCCAGCUGCAGGUGAGCGUCAAGGGCCCGGCCCCCAGGAAGGGCGAAGCGCUGCCGCAGCACACCCCUUACUGCGAGUCCUUGGGUCCCAGGCCGGAGAGGGGGGACCGGAGGCCAGGGGCAGAGUCGGCGGCCUACCGCACACCCCUGUACGGGCAGCCCUCCUGGUGGGGGGAGGACGACAGCGGCAGCCCCCCCGAGGACCGGCGCCAGGAGGAGCCCUACGCAGAGCGGCCCAAGGAGCCGGCACAGCAGGACGGGGAGCUCCCGGGGACGAUUGGCUUCCGGGCGGCGGCGGAGUCUCCGGGCUUCUCGUUCAGGCGGGAGCCCAGUUACUUUGAGAUCCCCACGAAGGAGGCCCCUCCGCCACCGCGGCCCCCUGAGGCGCCGGCCCAGGAGGCACCCGCCACGGCCCCUGUGGUGCAGAGCCAUGCCUCCUUCACCAUCGAGUUCGAUGACUGCAGCCCCGGCAAGGUGAAGAUCAAGGACCACGUCACCAAGUUCUCGCUGCGCCAGAGACGGCCCCCAGACAAGGAGGCCACACCUGUGGAGGCCGUGUCUGCCGAGACCAAGGUGGCCGACUGGCUGGUGCAGAGUGACCCUAGCCUGCUGUGCCGGGCUGGCCCCGGGGAUGACCGUCACAGCACCAAGAGUGACCUGCCCGUCCACACCCGCACCCUGAAGGGUCACAAGCAUGAGGAUGGCACGCAGAGCGACUCAGAGGACCCCACGGCCAAGGCGGCGGUGGCAACAGCUGGGGUCCCUGCGGAGGGCAGCGGGGUGCAGGUGCGGCUGCAGAGGCAGAUGAAGCGGGACCCCCAGGAGCUGCUGCAUAACCAGCAGGCCUUUGUCAUCGAGUUCUUCGACCAGGACACGCCCCGCAAGAAGCGCUCUCAGUCCUUCACGCACACCCCUCCCGGGGACCCCAAGGCCGACAAGCGCCGAGGCCCCGGGCCAGCGGACAGAGACCGCUCAGCCGUCCCUGCUUCGGCGCGGGGGACAGGCGGCAGCUCGGGGCCGCAGCGGGCCAGCUCGCUUAAGCGGGAGAGGACAGAGGAGCGCCUGGGGGGCCCCUCACCCGCCUCCCGGGGCUCUGCCCGACCCUUUGGCAGCGUGGGGCGCCGCUCCCGUCUGGCCCAGGACUUCAUGGCCCAGUGCCCGCGGGAGGGCUCCCCGACCGCCCGGCCCGGCCCUGACAAGGCAUCUCCAGCGUCACCGGCCCCCGAGACACCCCGUGGGGCCAGCCCUGUGGCUCCUGCGACCCCACCACCGCCUCCCGCCGACCCCCAGCUGAGCAAGGCUCGCAAACAAGACGAGGACGACAGUCUGAGCGACGCGGGGACCUACACCAUCGAGACGGAGGGGCAGGACCCGGAGGUGGAGGAGGCCCGCCAGAUGAUCGACCAGGUCUUUGGGGUGCUUGAGUCUCCUGAGCUCUCCAGGGUGUCCUCGGCCACCUUCCGUCCGGUCAUCAGAGGGGACAGAGACGAAGCCAGUGACGGGGUCGCCCAGCGAAUGGCGCUCCUGCAGGAGUUUGCCUCCCGGUCGGUGGGCAUAGCCCCCCAAGGGGAGCUCCAGGGCCUCACGGUGCCGGGCUCCCCCGGGGGUCAGAAGUGGGUGUCCCGCUGGGCCAGCCUGGCCGACAGCUACUCAGACCCAAGCCUGGCAGAGGAGAGCCCUGGGCGCAGAGCGGGGGAGCUUGAAGGGACCCUGCCUGUGCGCCAGCGACGGCGACUCCCACAGCUGCCCAGCGACCGCGCAGACAGCCCUGGGGGCCUCGAGGCCACCAAGAGGAGCGGCCCUGGGCCUCCGGAGCCGGGCAGUGAGCAGGCCGGCUGCCUCUUGGGCCAGGAGGACUUGGAGCCUGACAGCCUCAGCGAUGCCAGUGGGUCGGAUGGUGGGCGGGGCUCCGAGCUGGGUGGGGGCCCACAGGAGGAGAGACGGAGGAGCCCCCAGGAGGGAGUAGCGUGGACGAAGGGCCGGCCCUCGCCAAGGGCCCCUGGAGAGCCAGCCCCUGCCUCUUUCUUCAUUGGGGACCAGAAUGCGGAGACAGCCUUCCCCAGGAAGCCAUCCGUGGCUGCAGGGGAGGUGGACAGCCCCGGGCGGGUGGCGAGGGACGGCGUCUACGUCAGCUCCAGCGGGAGGAUGGUUAUCCAGCUGCAGACAGAGCGGUCCUUGGAGCCCGAGAGCCCUGCCCCGGCCUUGGUGCGACAGGACAGCUUCCGCAAGGAGCCGGCCGGUGGCCCCCCGGCGCCCGGCCAGCUUCCGCACAUCUCGAGCCACCCCCUCCUGCAGGACCUGGCUGCCGCCCAGGCCUCACACAUGGACCUCCACCCCCAGGACACCCACCUGAUCCUCAAGGAGACGGAGACAGCCCUGGCAGCCCUGGAGGCCCGGCUGCUCUCCAAGUCCGCGGAGGAGGCAGAGGGCCCGAUGGGCAGCACCCCUGGGCCACCAGAUGACUCCCUGUCCGGGGAUUCUGAUGUGGACACAGGGAGCACAGUCAGCCUGCUCAGUGGUAAGAACGGGCCCAGCCCAACCAGUCCCCAGGCUGCGGGGCCGCAGAAGGAGAAGCCGCCGUCCCCACCAGCAGCACAGGACCCGGGGAGCGUCUCCUCGAACAGCGCCCGAGAGCGGCUCUCAGACAAGCAUCGUCGCCCCCCGGGCCCCAUGGACGUGGGCCGUGCAGAGCUGGGGAGGCGCCUGGCUGCGCGGCGUGGCACCGGGGCCCGGGCAUCCUCGGACUGGCCUGACGAAGAGCGAGGCUCCGGCCCGGCCCACCCACCUGGCGCAGACACCGUCACCUCUGACCACGAGACCCCCGUGGCCCCUGGGGCGGGGCGGCCAGGGCCUCGCCGGAAACCGGCACCCGCAGCGCCAUCCCCGGCUCCGCGGGAAGAGCAGGGCCGUGGCUGCGCCCAGAAGGUACAGCAAGUGCUGACCCGCUCCAACAGCCUGUCCACCCCUCGGCCCACACGGGCCUCCCGGCUGAGGCGGGCCCGGCUGGGGGAUGCCUCAGACACGGAGGCUGCCGAUGGUGAACGGGGGCCCUCGGCCAACCCUGAGCCGGCGGGGCGGCCAGCCCCUGAGCAGGCCAAGAAGCUGUCGCGCCUGGACAUCCUGGCCAUGCCCCGGAAGCGGGCGGGCUCCUUCACUGGGCCCAGCGACUCCGAGGCGGCCCCUGCCCGCACCAGCUUCUCUGGCCGCAGCGUCGAGUUGUACUGCACUGGCCGCAAACCCGUCAUGGCCGAGGCUCGGGCCGCCGCCACCAGGAAGGCCACCAAUACCACCACGGCCCCCCGCCAGCCCUUUAGCAGGGCCCGCCCGGGCAGUGCCCGAUACUCCUCACCCACCACGCAGACCCCACGGGCUGGCAGCUCCCACCGGACUCGCCCCCGGGCCCCCAUGCCCCGGGACACAGACGACGAGGAAGAAGAUCCUGACCCCUACGGUUUUAUUGUGCAGACGGCAGAGAUCGCUGAGAUUGCCAGGCUGAGCCAGACGCUAGUGAAGGACGUGGCCAUCCUGGCCCGGGAGAUCCACGACGUGGCUGGGGACGGCGACUCACUGGGCUCACCGGGGCCCGCCCGCAGCCCCUCCCUCAGCAAUGUGCCCAGCACCCCUGCGUCAACCAUCUCCGCCCGUGAGGAGCUGGUGCAGCGCAUCCCCGAGGCCAGCCUCAACUUCCAGAAGGUGCCACCUGGCUCCCUGAGCACUCGAGACUUGGACCAGAACAUGAACGACCGCUGUGAGGACCCCCUCGCCAGCAAGAUGCGGCCUCGGAGCCGCGAGGAGGUGAUCUUUGACAACCUGAUGCUGAACCCCGUGUCCCAGCUGUCUCACGCCAUCCGGGAGAACACGGAGCACCUCGCCGAGAAGAUGAAGAUCCUCUUUCAGAACACAGGGCGUGCCUGGGAGGAGGUGGAAGCCAGAAUCAACUCGGAGAACGAGGUGCCCAUCCUGAAGACGUCCAACAAGGAGAUCAGCUCCAUCCUGAAAGAACUGAGGCGCGUGCAGAAGCAGCUGGAAGUCAUCAACGCCAUCGUGGACCCCAGCGGGAACCUGGACCUGCUGACCGCGAACCGGGGCUCCGCGGGCUCGGCCCAGCUGGGGAAAGGCCGGCCGGCCGCCCAGAGCCCAUCCUCGCCCCCCUCGGCCCUGCCUCUGAGGAGCUUCCCACAGCGGGCGAACUGCGGGUCCCCGGGCCUCCCGGACCCUGCCUUCCUGCCCGACUUCCUCCCCGACGCUGAGAGGUUCCUGAUCUAGGCAGCCGGGGCCGGGGCGGCCUCUGCGUGCCCUGG